AUGACCUCCGCCAUGAGCAGCAGCAAGAAACUGCGCCUCCUGCUCCUCCCCUUCUUCGCCACCAGCCACAUCGGGCCAUUCACCGACCUCGCCGUCCGCCUCACCACGGCCAGCUCGGACGCCGCCGUAGAGGCCACCGUCGCCGUCACGCCGGGGAACCUCCCGCUCCUCGAAUCGCUGCUCGAGCGGCAUGGACGUGCGGCCGCGCGUGUCAAGGCGGCGACGUACCCGUUCCCGGCCGUGGACGGCAUCCCGGAGGGCGUGGAGAACCUCAGCAAGGCGGCGCCCGGCGACGCGUGGCGCAUCGACGCCGCCGCCUUCAGCGAGGCCCUGAUGCGGCCCGUGCAGGAGCCGCUCAUCCGGGCGCAGUCGCCGGACGCGGUCGUCACCGACAUACACUUCUACUGGAACGCCGCCAUCGCCAACGACCUCGGCGUGCCGUGCGUCCAGUUCACCGCCACCGGCGCCUUCCCGGCCAUCGCCAUGCGCCACCUCGGCAACGCCGAUGUGACGGCGGCGAGCGUCGUCGUCGUCCCCGAGUUUCCGGGCCCUGAUAUACGCAUACCGAGCGCCGAGCUGCCGGAAUUCUUGAGAAGCCACCGGGUGAUCGAUGACUCCACGAACAAGAACUUCUUCGCGGCGCAGGCCGAUUGCUUCGGCCUCGCCGCCAACACAUUUUCGGACCUGGAGCAGCCGUACAUGGAGAUAUACCUGCGAAACAGCUACGCGAAGCGCGCCUACUUCCUAGGCCCUCUCUCACUACCACCGCCAUCGCCAGCCGACGCGGAUGGUACCAUCGUUGGCGACUCCGAGUGCAUCGACUGGCUCGACUCGAAGCCAGAUCGGUCGGUGGUGUACGUCUGCUUCGGCAGCUUAGCCCCCGUCUCUGACCAUCAGCUGCACCAGCUCGCGCUCGGCCUGGAGGCCUCCGGUCAGUCCUUCAUGUGGGUGGUGAGGGCGGAGAACUGGAGUCCGCCGGAGGGGUGGGUGGAGCGUGUCGGGGACAGAGGGAAGCUGCUCACGGCCUGGGCGCCGCAGACGGCCAUCCUGGCACACCCGGCCGUGGGGGCUUUCGUGACGCACUGCGGGUGGAACUCUGUCAUGGAGACCGUGGCUGCAGGCGUGCCGGUGCUCACGUGGCCGAUGGUGUUUGAGCAGUUCAUCAACGAGAGGCUGCUCACGGAGGUGCUUGGGAUCGGGGAGCGGCUGUGGCCCGACGGGGCCGGUGUACGGAGCACGAGGUACGAAGAGCACGAGGUGAUCCCUGCCGAGGCGGUGGCUCGGGCACUGACGGCAUUCAUGCAACCCGGAGGACCAGUGGACGUCGCGAGGACCAGGGCAAUGGCCCUCGCCGUGAAAGCUCAGGCAGCCGUGGCGGAAGGAGGCUCCUCCCACAGCGAUCUGCAUCGUCUGCUCGACGAUCUGAUGGAAGCAAGCUCAGGAGGACACCGUUAG